AUGACUCGCGUCACACAUAUUGACACGAGUGGAAUGCAGGCUUUGGCGGAUAUCAAGUCCAUCCUCAAAGUCUGGGCGGGUGCAGAGGCUGAACUGGUCUUUGUAGGACUGAAUGAUCGAGUCCAGGAGCGAUUUCAGCGGGCUGAAAGUUGCUUUUCGUCAUCAAAGAGCGAAGAUGAGCCUAGAGAUCAAGGAUACGUUGUUUUUGACGUCUUGCAAACCGCGCUGUAUAACACUCAUGGUCAAACUGAAUGUACAGACGAGAACAAGAAAGAAAAACCUUCCAAGUCAGACUGA